AUGGCGCCGGAGAAGAAGUCACCGAUUACCAAAAGUAAUCUCAUGUACCAAAAAUCCAAGCAUUGUAGAGCUUUAAGCGAAAGUGAUAUUGACAAAUUUCUUAUUGCGCUGCUGGUUGCUUAUCGUAGACCGGUUUACAAAUUAUCCAGUUACAUUAGUAUCAACUCAUUCCUCAGUAUAUGCCAUACAGUUAUCGAUGUAUUGAAAAAAUGCUCUACUCUGGAAUAUGUGCACGAUCCUCGCGGCAUAGGAAUUAUUGGUGAUAUCCAUGGUGAUUUCAGUGAUCUCGUGAAAUGUUUGGUUGACACUGGUUUGCCUUCUACUAGAACAGUCCUUUUUCUUGGUGAUUAUAUUGAUCGUGGAGAUUACCCUAUUGAGGUGUUAUUAUUUCUAUUCUUGCUUAAAAUAAGAUAUCCGAAUUGUAUAAUUCUGUUGCGUGGUAACCAUGAAACACAAGAAAUGUGCAGUCGAUAUGGGUUGAAAGAAAAAGUAUACUUUUUCCUGGCAGUCGUGUAUCCAGAAGAAGAAGCGUUAUUUCUUCUCUGUUUGAUAAAUCUAAUUUUUGAUCACCUCCCAUUAGCUGCCAUUGUUUCUGAUCAAAUUUUAUGUUGCCAUGCUGGAAUUUCACAAUUUGUUGACAAUAGAUGUGAUAUCGCUAGCAUCCCACGACCACCAUUUCGAGGAGGAAGAGAAACAACCUUGCACCAGAUUGCAAUCUUAACAGAUUUGCUUUGGUCUGACCCAAUGGAUAAUCAAAAAGAUGAAUACUGUCCGUCUGCUCGAAAUACAAGCUUUUUUUUCAAUGAAGCUGCUUUGCGCAGGAGUUUGCGUAAUUUAAGAUGUCGUGCUCUUAUCCGUGGCCAUCAAGUAUCAAAUGUAUGUCUUUGA